GCCCGCCAGCCAGCCAGCCAGCCAGCCUGCCUGCCCGCCCGCCCGUCCGCCGGACAAAGCCGAGAGCCCGCACCCACAGCCAUGUCCUCGUCCGCCGGCAGCGGCCACCAGCCCAGCCAGAGCCGUGCCAUCCCCACGCGCACCGUGCCCAUCAGCGACGCCGCGCAGCUACCUCACGACUAUUGCACCACGCCCGGCGGGACGCUCUUCUCCACCACGCCAGGAGGAACCCGAAUCAUUUAUGAUCGAAAAUUUCUGUUGGAUCGUCGCAAUUCUCCAAUGGCUCAGACCCCACCCUGUCAUCUGCCCAAUAUUCCAGGAGUCACUAGCCCUGGCACCUUAAUCGAAGACUCCAAAGUAGAAGUAAACAAUUUGAACAACUUAAACAAUCAUGACCGGAAGCAUGCAGUUGGGGAUGAUGCUCAGUUUGAAAUGGACAUCUGACUCUCCAGCGAGGAUUAGAAGAAGAGCAACAGCAUGGAGGCCUGUGUGUACCUGGCUUGACCAAUAGGAUCCACAGUGCAAAGACAAGAGGCAGCACCAGCAUUCCCCCUUGCAGUUUGCACUGCCCCCCCCUCCUGCAGGUGCCAAAUAAUGGGAUGAUGAGCUGCAUCUGACCAUUUCUCCUCCUCUCCUCUUACCCUUCCCACUUAGAUUAGCUCGAAGGCCCUGGGAGUAUUUGUGUAGAACCAAGCAGUCCUUAGUAGAAACAUUUGAACCAGCUUCCUUGGUCAUUUUUCUAUUGAAAACCAUCCCCCCUCAGAUCUGCCCCAAACCAAAUCUCAGCACCCCGAUAACUUCCUGCUGGGGCUUCCGGCAAAGGGAUCCAAAGGUUUGGCGGGUUCUGCAUUGUUCAUUUUCCUUAACCUCCUCUCUCCUCCCUGGCUCUGGAUCCUGCCUGUGCUUCAGUGCUGCAAUAAUGUGGGUUUGGGUCUUUACUGCCACCAGAGGAACUGACAAAAGAGAGAGCUGCUCUCCCUUUUACCUUCAGCAUGUGUCCUUUAGGACGGCACACGGUUUGUGUGGCUCUGGUAGCGUUACCCUGUGACACAUUUUGAAACCCCUUUCCCUCUUUCCUCUGGGAGGAGUGCCUUCUGCCCUGGUCUCAUAGUCCAUCCUGCCGUUCCUUUCCAUAGAUGUGUGUGCAGACAUGUUUAAACUGUGUCAGAAGAGAGCCCACAGGAAUGGUUGUUCUUUGCUCCCUGCCAUUCCUGCCUGCUUGCUCUGACUGCUGGCAGAGUCCUCUCUAUAUCCGGGUGGUUUAUCUGCUCCCAGAGCAAGUCCAUCCCAAAUAAGAGAGGCGCAUCAGCCUCCACUGGUGGGGAAAGCCCGAAGGCAGUAUUGUGCCAGGUCACCCAUGAGGAUGGCCCCUGGAGAGUGUUGGAUCUCUGGCAUACCCUGUCCCAGCAGUCGCUGUUUUAAGAGCCAAUGAGCAUUGUCAUAUUUGUUGUCCUCUGUGUGAGUUUAAAGCUGCCUCUCAGGUUAUUCCAAGACAAGAGCUCUCUUUCCCUUGGCUGUUUGCUUUGCUUGACUGCUGGGAUAGAUAAGCAUGGGCUUCAGAGGGCGUUCCUCCCAGUUUUCUUGCCUUUCCCACUGUACUCUGGACUUUCCCUUCCUCAUCAUUCCUUCUUCCUCCCUCUUUCCCUUCUCUGCCAGGCUGUUUUUCAAAUCCACUUCAAAGAUACCUCUAGUGUUGGUAUCUGAUAAUACCUGUUACUGCUCUUAUUUGAGAAGUAACCUUUUAUUUUUAAGAUGACUACAGACCUAUUUUUAGAUAUGUUUUCAGUACAAUUCUGAACAGCAACUUUUUAAUUAAACACCAUCCAGUGUUAGGAAGGUGGGAAAUGUCCAUUGGCAAGUCUGCUGUUCUGUGUCACAUCCCAGUCCCUUCUGAGCUCUCUCCUGCCUCCCCCAACUUGGGUGUGUGUGUCUGCAGUUUGUAGAGUGGUUUGUGAACCUGGAUCAUUCUGCCUUGCUGUGGGUUGUUCAGGAAACCCACCCAUUCUUUCUGCUGGCCCUGUGCUUUCUCAUUCACCCUCCUUGCCUCCUGCCUGUCCUGGGGCUGUGGACUGGCACAGUAAUCCCAGGAGCGGGACUCCCCUCAUAGAUGAAUGCCACCGUGUCCUUCCUGGAAAUUGGCAACAAUCAGACUCCAGGGUGAGAGCAGGGCUACUCCUGAUCAGCUAAGAAAGAAAGCUGUUUAUCUUUGGAACUAUCAACGCCCCUGUUUGUGAACACAUUGUAGGAAGAAGAGAGGAGAGAUGUCUGUGGAACUUUGUUCUGUUUUCUGCUACAAAAUGUGAAUAGCUCAAAGAGUGAAAACCUUUUGUGAUGGUUGAUGUCUCAGGAAUAAGCUGGAUCUCCAAUGUUUGGGGGAUGCUUUGACUCUCAAAAACCGAUAAUCAGAAAAGUAUUUUUUUUUGUUUGUUGAAUGUGUCCCUGUUCUGAUUUUAAUUAAACUCCAAAUUUCGCUUUACAUACUCUUUGGAAAACUAAGUUGCGCAUUCAUUUGCAUAAGAAGCUUGCUGAGGACCUCUUUGUACCCUGGGGAGUUUGCUUCUUUGGGAGUGAAGCUUUGCAUUCUCCUACCAUGGCCUUGGCCUCUUGGAAUCUGACUCCUGCUGGCAACUAACAGUCUGCUGGAGGGCGGAAGAGCUGCCUCUUCUCCAUCUUAUUGCUGGAUUCAGCUCAGGAAGUGUCAGGAUGCCUGUGGCCCCUAAUCAGAGGCUGUGCCUCCUGGUGCUUGUUGGGAGUGUCACUUGUGUGACUCAGAGGCUGCCUUGUCCCUUGCCCUCCUUACAGGGAUCUCCUCACUGCUUGGUGCAGGUCUUUCCUGCAGGCUGCCACAACUGGAAAUACUUUGGCUUCUAGAAAUAAUUUUAAAAUCACGUCACGAGGCAAGAGAAACUUCCAACAGAUAACAUCUCUGUGCCCUGCCUUACAGAACCAUCUUCAGAGCCGGCUGGAGUCCAAUAGGUGGUUUACCUCUGGGCAUUGGAAGGAACCUCAUGGCUGAGGCCCUGUGUAUGUGUCCUGGCGUUUCCUGGGAGGGGAAGCACCCUUAACUUACCGUUUGAAUGAGACGGUUCUUUUCUUUUAUGAGGAAGCCAUGUUUCUAUAUUUCUGGGGACAAUCAAUCUUAAUGAUGGGAAAUGCGCUUUUCCCAGAUUUCAGCAGGUCACAUACAUUGUCAGGUUUCCACCUUCUGUAUAGCACGAAUCCUUGAGUUCGCUGCUGCUUUUCUGUUUAAUUAGGUGUUAAUUAGGUGUUGCACAGGAGCAGAGACACUGGCUUCCAGAUACUGGCUUCUGAUGGAAGAGUAUUAGUUACUUACUGCUGUGUAACAAAAUAUCUCUAAACUUAGUAUCCUAACAUAACAAGCAUUAUCUGUUGGUUUCUGUGCUUGAGGAAUUUGAGGCUUAGCAAGGAUGGUUCUGGUGCAGGGUCUCAUGAAGUUGCAGUCAAGAUGUAGGCAGGGGUUGCUGUUAUUUGGGACUAGAGAAUCCAGUUCCAUGUUCCCUGUAGCUGUGAGCGGGAUGCCUCCACAUAGGAGUCUCCAUAGGGCAGCAUGAAUGUCUUUACUCCACAGUAGCUGGUUUGGCCCUCAGCAGAUGAUCCCAGAGAGGGGCACAGGGCAAGGAAAAAGUUGCUAUGCCUUUAUUAUAGUAACUUGUUUAAAAUUAAUUUGAGAGGGAAGGAGGUAAGAACUCCCAUCUGCUGGCUGACUGUCCACAAUGACUCUCAAGGGCAGAAGCUAGGAGCAGGCCUCCUGUAUGGGUGGCAGAGACUUGAGGCGUCACCACUAUCUCCUAGGGUACGCAUCACCAGGAAACUGGAUGUGAGGGCCAGGACUCAAAGCCAGGUACUCUGAUGUGAGACAUGAGUGCCCUAACUGGCAGCUAAUUACUAGGCAAAUACUCGCCCCCUGUAGUGCCUUUUAUGACAGUCUCCAAAAGCACAUGCCGUCACCCAUUACUCCACCAGUGAACGACUAACCCUAGCCACACCCCCAGCAGAGGAUGAAGCCAGGUCGGCCUGGAGGCACAGUCAUCGGGAUGGUAAACCGGGAGACACAGUGCUACCACAAACAGACUCUUAAGAUGCACAUCACCAAAGCGAGACCCAAGACUGCUCUUCCCCAGAGCCGCCUGCUGGUUUUAAGGGCCAUGGUGAGCGUCCAUCUGCCUGACUGGCAGCAGCCCAGGAAUGCUCAUUUGCAAGUCCUAAACUCUCUAAGAUUGAGUCACCGUGUUUUCCCUUAGCCAGGAAAAGGGGUUGGAGCCUCCCAACUGAGCGACUGCUGAGCUGUCUGAAUUAGAGUCCGGGUUGUCGAGCAAGGGGAGCACGGAUGAAUCAGAUGUUAGGUACUGAGCUGAAGAAAGGACAGCCAUCGCGUUCAGGGUGAAAUAGAAGACAGGGUCUGGACGCCAGGUCCAGUCGGUGCUUGAUGCCUGCUGCUCUCAUCCCGCGCACCAGCUGAAGCAGCAGUGUCAGGUCAAGUCUGUCACCAGGAAGCAGCCUCUCGAUGAAAUAGGCAGCGUCUAGGACUUACAAAUGUCUGCCUGAUGCUUCUUUAGAUCCAGUGUGCAGGGAAGCCGCCCGUCUUGUCCUGGGCAUCUUCAGGAACAGGGUCUUUAAAGAGAGCCCAUCUUGUCCUCACCCUCCAUAGAGACCGAGGAGAGGCUGGUCAGCUCCACACGUGCUUAGGUAGUGCCUGAUGUGUGUGGUGGCACCCAUUCCCCCCAUGUCUUCAGCAGUUAUCAGUACCAUAAGAGUCAGGCUCUCCCUGGGGGUUAUGCUGUCUGGGCGCUUCUUACUGGCGUCCCUUCUGGCUUUCAAAUGUACUUGUGUAAGCAGCAUUGCUGCUGAGCGGUGUUAGAAAAAGGCACUUCUUGAAGCAGGAGCCUCAUCUUUAAAGCACCUUCAAAUGGAUCUUGUUUGUCCUUUUCCUGUGUGGAUUACCAGCUGUUUGGGAGUCUUGGACCUUGCCUUCCCAGUUCAGAUGCCAUCACAGCCUCACAUUUUCAUUAGAACGCAACCUGCGAGAUCUGUGGCUUUCGCUGCCGAGUCCAGCUAGAGUGCCUGCUUUAUCUUUGACUCAAGGCCACUGGUGUAAAGGGCUUAGCACGUGGGCAACAGUAUCCCAGUAAGAUCCCUCUUCGUGUCCCUGUCUUGGAUACCAGCUGCUUGAAGCCAGGGGCCUUAGCCCUUUGCAUUUCUCUUUUAAGAGGCCCCGCUGUCUGGACUACACACAUACAGCCAGUGAGACCCAGUCACUUAGGUACCCCUGCCUGGGAGAGGGUGGGCUUUGCUUGAAAGGUAACACCGCUGCCUUGGGAGGACAAUUUGGUCUUCAAGGGAAGCAUGGUUACACAUACACAGCCCAGUUCUUCUCAGAUCAAAUCUUUAUGCAAGUGGGUUGUAAUUCUGCAGAGUGCCAUACCCCAGUGGCCCUUCCCAUUCUAGAAAUGGGUUUUCCUGUGCGGGAGUUUCCCUAGCUAGCUCUAGAAGUGACUAACUGAAGAUAUAAGGACGACUGAUAACUUAGUACUUUUUUCCAGUUAAUCACUCAUGACAUCUUUCCCAGCUUCCUCUAGGCAGGUCCUGGAAGUUGAUAGCUUUUGGUGAAGUUUAGAUUUAGAAUUCUGAGUCUGCAGACGAUCUGUCUUCUCUUUGCUCGUUAACCUCUGGCAGCAGUCCUGGCAGACCAUACUGAAUGGCAUGGGUGCCUGAUGGAAAAUACCACUGAGCUAAAACACACUUCCAGGGCACCUGACUCCCACCCUGCCACCUUUCCAUGGACGGGGAGUGGCAGAGAAGCUGCCGUGCUUGAUAAUCAUGUGGCCACCCAAAGGGAGCUCCUGUCAGUGCUUAAAACCAAAAUCCUGGCACAGUUCACUGAGAGAAGUCCGUGAAUCGAGCGGAAGAAAUCAGUUCUUGCCCCCUUGUACCCCAUCCUCUCCAUCUUCAGCUUAAGGAAUCAAGCCCAGGCCUUGGGCACUUGUCCGGGAACCAGGGGAAUGGGGAGGGACCUUCGCAUGGCGCUGCAGUUCCUUCCUGGUGUCCGCGCCAGUGCCUUGCCUCCACCUGCACCUGGAGCCCAUCUCUUGCUGCCUGGGUGCUGAGACCUUCUGCCACCCCAGGGGUGAACUUUGAAGCAGGUGUCUUCAAGAGCCCAGGGGACACUCAUAUUUUGAGGUGUCACCAUUUUAAGCAUCUUUAAAAUAUUUUAUUUAAAAAAAGAAAAUCUCUAUCUUAGUGCCACCAAUGGCCCAGUUCAUCCAUUGUGAAUGGAAAGUGGAGACUGCCAGCACUUCCCUUGGUCUUCCCCCCUCCUUCUUCCUUAGUGUGUGGCCCCCUCACCCCCUCCCGUCCACUUCACUGUCGUGGAUGGAGAGCAGAGGGCACUGUGCAGUCCUUGAGGCAGUCCUGUGUGACUCCAUGUCCUGUCUGUAUUUUUAAUUGACCUUCUAAACCAGCACAUGUUUGUAAAUUAGGGGGAAAAUGAAAUUCUCUCCAAUGGUUGCUGUUACAGUUAAAUCAAUAAAGAUUUGAUUAUCA